CGAAAUUCAAUUUAUGAGUGUCCUGGAAGUUUGUGGCAAAAUCCUAUUAUAUAGUUUCUAGUGUCCUGGAAAUUCAUAAUGUCUAAACUUGACUCUAUAGAAUCAAUUAUGUCAAAAAUCGAAUUUCUGAGAGCUUCCUGGUAAAUCGUAUGGCAGAUCACUUCUCUAGAAAUCAAAACAAACUCUUUUCAGAAACACCAUCAACACACAAAAACGCUGCCUGGUACAAUAAGAAUUUUCCUUUUGAUUCAAACCCUAUAAUCCAACAUCCCAACCUUGCGUCAUCUUCAAUAAAACUCAUUGUUUCAAAAACUGCCUCCAAUUCAAAGAAAGCCACUUUCAUGACAACAAAUGCUACCCAUUGUUAAAUACUCUUCAUCUGUGGCAAUCAACCCUCACCCAAAGAAAAAAAAAACUAAAAACGAACAUAAUUCCUGCCUCCUGCCGAUUAUCAAGCUGCAACUUAACACCUGCCCCUGUGUAAAACACCUUUCGUCCAUCGUCGAUCUCGUUCGCUCGCUCACCUCUACCGUAAGCUCCGUCUUUCGCUGAGCCUCAAUAAAACCAUUUCGAAACCCCAACAGUGGCUUCAGUCUUCGUACGAAAGCGGUUCAAAGAACAACCGCAGCUCAAAAUGAGAGCCACGGCCAGUACAACGUGCGCCUUUAUUUUCUUAUUGGUCGCGAGUGUGUGUAAUGCUGACAUAGUGACCCAAACUAAUGAACUAAUUGAAGAUGCUGACUACGAUUUGAGGGUGUUGAGAAAACAAGUGAGAGCGCUGGUUGAAAGGAGAACUGAGGAUUUGAAGAGUAUUGAGGAAAGUGUAAGGAAAACCGUGUUCAAUGGACCAGAAGUUGAGGAGUUAAGAGAUCAAGUUAGGAGUUUGAAGAUCGAAAUCGAACAACUCCGUACCGGUACCAUUCCAGCACCGACACCGACUCAAACGAAAAACGACAAACUCACAGUGAAAUGGCUUUCGAACGCAGUCUACGAAAUUAGAACCGAAAUCACCGAACUCCAGAGCACUAUCAACUCCUCGGUACUGCUCGAGGACCACGAAGUUCACAAAUCCCAAAUGAACUUGCUCCAGAGCGACAUUUCCAGUUUGAACGUCGAACUGGAUGAGUUCAGGAUGCUCAAUGUUAAAAAAGAAGCGGAAAUGACUGUGAUGAAGCAGGAAUUCGAGAGUCUGAGGCGCGAUUGGGAGAAUAUGGGCAUGAUUAAUGGGAAACUAAGAAAUCAGAUAAAAUCCAUGCAACUUGAAUGGUCCCAUAAGAUGAAGGAACUCCAGGAGAACCAACUUCCGCCACUUCCUGAAGAAAACUCCACUCAUUCCCGGCACCAAAAAAUCCUUCGCCACCACGUUAUCUAUCUGGAAAGAACUACAAAAAUUCUACACAAAGAAAACUCGUUCCUCAAAUCCAAAUUAGCCAAGAUGGACGAAGCCAUUAAAACCCUUCAAAUGAACAAUUUCGACCGAAUCAAUGGAAACGACAUCCAAAACUAUAUCUCUACCAAUAAAAUCCAAGAACUCCCGACUGAAACCAAUGAAGUUUUACUUAGAACCAUUACCAACAUCACUGAACAACAAAUUUCCAGUACACUAACUAUAGCCAAUCUAUCCAGACAAAUGAGCAACUUUGACAAACUCCACUUAUCAAUGCUAGAGCUUCUCGAAAAUGUUGAAACUAUAGAAAACAAAGUUGACAAAGCCCUACCAGAAAUCCGCAAGGAAAUUUCCAAAUUUGAAACGCAAGCUGGACAAAUUGGAGCUGACGUUUCACUAUUAAAAGAAGAUCAAAAAAAUAUCAAAAUAUCAAUGAAAGCCAUAAGCUUUUCAGUUUCAAAGCUGCAAGAUGAUAGACGCGAAGAAACAGAAAAUCUGCAAAAGUUUAAAGAACAUUUAAGGGUUUUGGAAAAAAGCCACGUAGUACAAAAUUCAAGGCUGCAUGAUCAUAUAUUAAAGGAAGAAUCCUCUUCUAGCAACCUAAAUGCAACAAAAUCCACAAUCCACCUAGUAGAAGAGCUUCAAAGCUUUGAAAGCGAAUACAAAAGCAUUGUAAACAAGCUCCCGCGCGAUUGUGGUUCUGUGGAUGGUGCCAAAGGCGUUUACCUCAUCUCCCCUGGUGAUGGUGAACCAAUUUUGGCUCAUUGUGACAAUGGUUGGACCACUAUCCAAAAAAGGUACGACGGUAGCAUUAAUUUCAAUAGAAACUGGAACGAGUAUGGUAAUGGUUUUGGUAGUGCUACUGGUGAACAUUGGUUGGGCAACAGAAACUUGCACCAUUUAACCAAAGAUAAUUGCACCAUGCUAAAAAUCAAUAUGAAAGAUAUUUAUGGGAAAUAUUGGGAAGCUACUUAUGACCAUUUUCAUAUAGCUGAUUAUACUCAAGGCUUUAGAUUAACCGUAUCUCAUUAUCAUGGAAAUGCUAGUGAUGCUAUGGACUAUCAAAACAGAAUGGAAUUUUCUACAAUAGAUAAUGACAGGGACAUUUCCAAUACUCAUUGCGCUAGCAACUAUGAAGGGGGUUGGUGGUUUUCGCAUUGUCAACAUGCCAAUUUGAAUGGAAGAUACAAUUUGGGAUUGACAUGGUUUGAUAGUUCCAGAAAUGAAUGGAUUGCUGUGGCUCAAAGCGAGAUGAACGUGAAAAAAAGGGAUGUGUGCUAGAAGGAUACAGAUGGAGCAAGGGGGAAAAAGUUACCUUGGAUUGACACAUAAUUAUGUUCCAAAGAAAAAAGUCCUGUCCUGCGGAGGCUGUUGAUUGUUAGAAAAUGACUGAAUUUAUUUUUAAGCUGCACUUCGAUUUUCAAUCGGUUUUGUUUUGAAAGGUUGGAAAUGCCAGUAGAAACCAAAGAUAAGCUAGUUCACCUAGAAGUUAAGUGUAUAAUUAUUGUUAAUUAGCAUUUAAAAUUGUGUAUAGUAACUUAUUAUUUAUUGUAGAUGAUAUUUCGCUUUUUUGCCAAAACCAGAAUAAUU